GUAAUGCAUACGGAACCUACAGUGCGCAGGAGCCGCAAAGAAGAACAUCCAGAAAAAUAACCUAUUGAAAAGAACGAAAACAGGCGUAGUCAGAUUCUUAUUACUUGCGUUGGAUAUCGCACCACCAGUGAAGAAAAAAAAGCGGUGGACAAGACAACUUGCAGGCAUAAUCGUUGAGGGGGGAACCACUUAAGUAUGACCGGGCAGUAAAUCGUUCCAAGAAUCCAUAAUUUUCCUUCAAAUUCCACUGCCAUAAAACUGAAUGCAGAUCAUAUGUGGGCACGCUGGAGCACAAGGCGGAGAUUUGGAAACAAAAUUGUGUCCAACCCCAACGCUGAUAUUGGAUAGACCGUAUGUAUGGAUUAAUUUUAUGUUGACAACGGUUUAUAAUCUUAGUAACCGAUUAAUUCAUACCCUACUUGAUCCGGAUUGUUUGAUGGGGCGUGGAAACAAUUUCACAUUUUAAACCAAGGUGCGGACUUCACGGAUGAGGACAGUGUUUGGGCCAACCUGCUUUGCUCUAACCUGAAAGGACGAUGAGUAAUCAGCAGCGACGCACCAAAGAGAAGCUGUUCAAAACCUGAACCGCGACGGAGGGGUUUGGGUAGCGGUUGCUCCUGUGCGUAAUUGUUUUUUAGCGGACGACUUUUCGGAUGAAGAUUGGUUGUAGUGAUUGAAGUGAAAUUGUUCCUUCAUUUUUAUUCAUGACUUUGGAGUAAAACAGCGAUAACAGUAUGUGGAGAGAGGGGACCAUGCAUGAUUAGUUCGCUACAGAUCGUACUUUCCUCUCCUUUUUUCCAAUUCCGAGAUAGGCUAUUGGGCACAAGAUAAGGACAAUUGCUGCAGCUACAACGAGGUACUAAACAGAAAUAGACUUUAAAUUGAACUCUUCAAAUUGAUUCUUUCGCUGCUGUCAUCGUAGUAUGUCUGCACUUCGAAAGAAAUUUGGGGACGAUUAUCAGGUAGUGACCACCUCAUCCAGUGGGUCUGGAUUCAACCAGCCGGCACCAGAGAAGAAGAAGAAGAGACAACGAUUUGUGGACAAGAACGGGCGAUGUAACGUCCAGCAUGGCAACCUUGGUGGUGAAACCAGUAGAUAUCUUUCAGAUUUAUUCACCACGCUCGUCGAUUUGAAAUGGCGCUGGAAUUUAUUCAUCUUCAUCCUAACAUACACGGUGGCAUGGCUUUUCAUGGCCUUUUUGUGGUGGGUCAUAGCCUACAUAAGAGGAGACCUCCAUCGAGCUCAAGAUCCCAAGUAUACACCAUGCGUUGCCAAUGUCUACAACUUUCCGUCGGCCUUUUUAUUCUUCAUAGAAACUGAAGCCACAAUAGGGUAUGGUUAUAGGUAUAUCACGGACAAAUGUCCCGAGGGGAUCAUUUUAUUUCUUUUCCAGUCAAUCCUGGGAUCAAUCGUUGAUGCUUUUUUGAUUGGCUGCAUGUUCAUUAAGAUGUCACAACCCAAAAAAAGGGCAGAGACUUUAAUGUUCAGUGAACAUGCAGCUAUUUCAAUGCGAGAUGGAAAACUCACUCUCAUGUUCAGAGUUGGCAAUCUGCGUAAUAGCCAUAUGGUCUCCGCACAGAUCCGCUGCAAAUUGUUGAAAUCUCGUCAGACACCUGAAGGUGAGUUUCUUCCACUGGAUCAGUUGGAAUUGGACGUUGGCUUCAGUACCGGGGCGGACCAGCUUUUCCUUGUCUCUCCACUUACGAUCUGCCAUGUGAUUGACACCAAAAGCCCAUUCUACGAACUCUCCCAGAGAUCCAUGCAAACAGAGCAAUUUGAAAUUGUGGUGAUAUUGGAAGGAAUCGUAGAAACCACUGGAAUGACUUGCCAAGCGAGGACAUCUUACACUGAGGAUGAGGUUCUGUGGGGACAUCGAUUCUUUCCAGUCAUCUCCCUGGAGGAAGGGUUCUUCAAGGUGGACUACUCCCAGUUCCACGCCACAUUUGAGGUAAACACCCCCCCGUACAGCGUGAAGGAGCAGGAGGAAAACCUGCUCAUGUCCUCUCCUCUCAUGGCUCCGUCCCUGUGCAACAGCGGCGAGGGUGGGAGGAACAGCUCCAUGGACUGCCUGGAGAGCCUGGAGGACAAGGACAGCACCGCCACCAAGCUGCCAUCCAAGUUGCAGAAAAUGCAAGGGGGCGGCUGCGGCCGGGACGGGCUCCCCAUGCCUCGCAAGCUCCUGAGGAUGAGCUCUACCACGUCAGAGAUGAUCUACCCGGGGAGCAUGGGAGACCUGCCCAUGAAGCUGCAGCGCAUCAGCUCCGUGCCCGGCGUUUCCGACGAGAAACAGGUGAACAAGAUGGCCUCUAAGAUCAGCUCGGAUCCUAUCAGCCAGUCCGUGGCAGACUUGCCCCCCAAGCUACAAAGGAUGCAGGGGGGAGGGGGGAUUGGUGGGCGAAUGGACGGACAUCUGCCGCCGAAACUCAGAAAGAUGAAUUCCGACCGCUUCACGUAGAAUGGGCGACCUAUUUUAACUUAUUACACCCUAACCCUUUUUCCAACCCUUUUAUUAUUUCUAAUUUAUUAAAAGGACAUUCUUAUAUUCAAGAACAUUUAGUACAAAAAUACGUACAAUGAACCUUACAUAAACUAGGGUGAUGGAAUACAGCACAUAUGUUCCUGGAUGUAAGUAUACAUGCUAAGAGGAAAGACCUCUGAUUUUUUCAGGACAAUGUAUGAUCAGCACAAUCUGGCAUGUACAAUACACUAAGCGCAUGCAAUACAGAUUCUCUCUCAUUUCUGGCAUGCCAUUUAUUAAUAUUAUUUUACAGAAAUGAUUUGAACAGUGACUUUACUGUUACUCCGAACAGUUGCACAAAGCCAUAGGGUUUACUAAUUUGUUUUGAGUUGACUGCUUUAGUUGUUUAAUGUAAAACUGUGUGGCAACGUUCUGUUAAAUGCAUGCUAAUCCUACUGAUCUAGCUAGACAAAGGUAAUAGAAACAGAUAUUAAGCCUUAACAAUAUUACCUUGUUUCCAUUUCCACCUUUGUUCACAGCUGUAUUUUUGGUAUUUCAUGUAUAGGAUAUUUUACCAUGUGCGAUUUUAUGAAGUUCUUAGUUCAGCAAAUAUACAGUAUGUUGCUGGAUGAUGCAAUCUAUAUUUAAAAAUGCAUGGUCCACAACGUAUGACGGGUGGGAACUGGGCACAAUCUUAUUAAGCAAUGUGAACUCACUUUUUAAGGUAACACUGAGGUUGAAGUGGUCAAUACUCUGGCCUUACAAGCACAACAUAACCCAUACACACUAGGCUGUCGCUCGGUUUAUGGCGGUUCAUUUCUUUUUUUCUUUCUGCGUAUGAAAGUAUGCCUCUUUUACAUGGAAACAAAACAAUUGAACAGGUGUACCUUCUCUAACUACAUUUCUGAAAUUCAAAUCAUUUACUGAAAAUUUUUUAAAACGUGCACCAAAAUUUCAACUUAAGUGUUACUGCAAAAAUUUAGAUUUAGAGGUGGACAUGUUUUUAGGAAAAAGUCACCACCUUUGUCUUAAGAGUUCAUAAGCUCCCUCUUAACCUAAAGCAAUAACUUUAUUAUAAUGACUAUAACCUUUCUAUAGCCACAGGGUCCGCAGCAGACCCAUAUCCAUUCUAUUUAUUGAUUUCAUGCCUUAGAAUCUGGUUAAACUAAAAGCAUAGUUAACAUUGUACAGCCCAUUACCUUACGGAAUAAGAAAUGUGUUGCUGAUUCUGCAGGUACUGUACCAGGUUACAUUAGGACCUUGCGAAAUGUGUAAGCUAUACUGUCCACUAGGGGCAACACAAGCAUAUAUUUACCAUCUAGUAGGCCCGCGGGAUUCUAGGGCUUUGUGGGCGGGUGUGGUGGAUGAGCGUUUUGCUAGGCAGUUGUUUUUGUUUGUUGUUUUUCAAGCCUUUCCCAAACCUUAACCCUUACUUUGGGGUGAAUGCCAAAACGUAGGUUUGACCCUUAAGUUGAGGCAUUUGCAUGGCGUCAUUUGAACGUCACACUAUUGCGUAAAGACAAACAGCUAAGUUGAUACUGCACCACAUGCUGUCAUUAAAACGUCGAGUUAUGACUUAAUUCUGUCGCCGCAGUUAAGCCGCGGGUCACGUUUUAUUUGGAGAUUGAGUUGACAUUGUAUGAUACCUCUUCAGGAAUAAAGAUCUAAAAUACA